AGAAAGAGAGAUAGAGCAGGUUUGAAGGGGGACUGAUUGCCACAAAACUGAUAAUCAGAGCAAUCGCAAACCAUAAACUGUUUUACAGUUUAGAAGACAAUGUUUCUUCGAUUUUGUACCAUGAUAUCAUUGGUCCUCCUAGGAUUUGGCGUUGCCUUUUCGCUGGGACAGAAUUACACAGAACCUCUUGUUUUGGAGGGAAAGUGUCUGGUGGUUUGCGAUGCGAACCCGUCUGUAGAGGGAGCAUUGACCUCUUCCUUCGGGAUAUCUGUCCGGGCAAGCGGUGCUAAAGUGGCUUUCUCUGCACUCAGGGGAACGAACCACGAACCAUCUGAUAUGAGCAAAUCGUCUCCGACCAUCUACUUUGACCAGGUAUUAGUGAACAUUGGCAACCAUUUCAAGCUGCAAGCGAGUGUAUUUCAAGCACCAAGAAGAGGCAUUUACAGUUUUAGCUUCCAUGUGGUGAAGGUUUACAACCGACAGACUAUACAGGUAAACUUGAUGCACAACGAAUACCCUAUAAUAUCAGCUUUCGCCGGGGACCAUGAUGUCACUCGAGAGGCUGCGAGCAAUUCAGUCCUUCUGCACCUGGAACGAGAGGACAAACUCUACUUGAAGCUUGAGAGGGGGGAUCUAAUGGGUGGCUGGAGGUACUCAACGUUUUCUGGAUUCUUGGUGUUUCCACUCUAAUCACAACUCUCAAAUCAAGUGACUCUUUUUAUUUUCUUGGCCACCCAUCUCUGGACUUAAAUUAUGAAGAAAUGUAUAACUGACUGUGAGAUAAAGUAGGCUAUUUUGGCAAUUUAUGACGAAAUUAUUCCGUGCUAUGAGGUUGGGAUUUGUAUUGCUGAAUGUGACUGAUUGUUGGUAUGAUAUUAUAUGAACUGCGAAGAAUAGCCUAUUCAAGCGUUUGUCAGGUGCGCCCAUUCAGUAGCUAUCCAUGGUCCUGAAACCGUAGACACAGUAGCUGUCUGUUGAAACCACAAAACGCAUCUCAAGCGUACAGAGCCAAUAGGUGGCAAUUGAGUGUUGGCUCUAGUGUCAACGUUGUUGCAGUAGUGCCAUUGAAAUAUUGUAAUCAAAUAACAUUUUCCAAAGGUAUGCAAAUGCAGGCUAGCUGGCAUUUGGACCUAUAUUGCACAUUGAUACAGUGUUAAUUUGGGCAUUUUUUGUAAAGGUUUAGUCCAGUCUUAGUCACUUUGUAAUCACAUCCAAAUCAAAUGUUAUUGGUCACAUACACGUGUUUAGCAGUUGUUAUCGCAGGUGUAGCGAAAUGCUUAUGCUAGUUCUGACAGUGAAACACUAAGUCAAUUUGUGUCAUUUGAAUAAUGAUUAAGUCUGGUCAUUGUCAAACAGUGCGCCAUUUUCGUAAACUAAAUUACCUUUAAUUUCAGUCACAUUUUAGUCACAUCACAUUUGUAUUGUCUCAUUAACCUAUAGUAAACAUAAAUCACCGACUCCCAUGUGCACAAACAUACAUAACCUUGUCCCACCAACAUAUUUUUCUGCAUAACAUAAUAUCAUAUUCCCUUCCCAACAGCAGAAAAAUGACAAACAUAUAUUAGAAUAUAUAAUGAUUAUCUGGCCAUUCCAAAUUCAGCCUACAUAUCGGCAAAGUAGUAUGGGUUGAACCUCCGUCACUGGGCCGCGUCAGUGCCAUUGCAAUCAACGUUCCACAGACGUUGCAGCCACGUUGGUGUCCAAAAGUAAAACGGUGGCUAAUGACUUUGAACGGGAUCUAAUUAAUGUUUUGCCCAGUGAUGCAGUCGAGUCACUAAAACCCAAGUCCGAAUUGAGUCCCAAGUCCCCAGUGCUCGAGUCCAAGUCUGAGUCACCAAUGUUGGUCGAGUAACGAAUGGAGUCACGAGAAAAAAAUGUAGUCAAUAAAUUGCUUGCUAUCCAUUUAAAAACAUUUCUGUACCACCAAAUGUGUGCAUAUCUGCUACUGGUAACGUUAAUGUUACCAGGGCCACGUUCAGUUGCAAAACUUUCUCGAACAUUGCAGACAGUUCCAGUCGGUAUUCACGUAGUAAUAAUAAAGAAUUCCAUUGACCCACGACAACAAAUUGGGUAAAACCAACAUUCUUUCCUAUUGAAAUAACAAAACAUGCCGAAAAGCUGCUGUGUUGUUUUAUGUAGCCAGGUCAAAAGUCCUGACCUACGGCUCUGUAAAGCUCCAAAGUAGGGAAAUAAAGCCUGUGAAAAGAUUGAUCGUUAGACAUGUUGUACUAUUAUUAAAUGUCAUUUUGUAAUUGACUAAAACAAGCAGACUAACAAUAAAAUUGCGUUUGAAAACGGUCAAAUUUUGCUGUGAGCUAAUGGGGAAACCUAGGUAACCUGUUAGUUUUCCCCACAGAUAGGUCGGCCGCACAGUUAUAUCUAAUAAGGAGUGGGUCUACAUAAAUCCCACGAAUAGAGCCAACAUCCAUUAUUCAACAUGUCAGUGAGGCAUGUUUGUUCUACAUAGCAUAUUUCUGUCUGAGCUUUAAAAAAUGUGGUCCUGUUGAACCGCCCCAUGUUGUCAGCUAUUCAUAGGUGUCACCUCAGUCACUCGGUCGCUUCAUGCGGUUAUGAACGUUCUCAGGCCGCUGCAAUAUGCUUAAUGCAUGUAAAAUGACGGUCGCUCAUGCUGUUGUUUUUAAUUUCAUAAAGUAGCUUUGUUUCUUAACCAGGCAACGGGUAGUUACAGUUUUUCACAAUUGCUUACACAUGAUUUCUGAAACUAUGGCUCCUUUUCUCUAGACUCUACAUGCCAAAACACACACACAACAUGCAAAACGUCACACAUCUCUUGAAAAACCAAACACUUCAUUCAAAACAGUGUUUUUGCAUCAAAACUCUACACACAAGCCAUCAAAUGAUUACAUCUUAUACACACCCAAAUACACACAGAUGUGACAAAUGUAAAACACUACUAUCAUGUGUCUUUUGCAUGUUCAGUGUGCAGUGGAGUCCACAGCAGUUUGUCAUAGCACUCACACGUACAUGUAUGUGCACAAAUAUACAGUGCCUUGCGAAAGUAUUCGGCCCCCUUGAACUUU